GUCUUCUUUUUUUAGAAUUCAGCUAGCGAAUGGUGUGAAGUGUCAGAACACAGUGUAGUUGUGUUUCUUGCGCGUACAACAGUACGUCGCCAUAGUUCACAACACUCGGCGUCCCGUGGGAACGUAAAAGAUGUUACGUCGUUUCAUUUAGGCAGGUGCAGCCGUCCCAAAACAAAGGAGAAGGAAAGCAGAACAGGCGAGCGGGCCCGUCUGCCGGGCGGGCCCGCCUUUGUUGAGAUACAUAGGCGGAGUGAAAAGCUAAGAUGGAGCAGUUUGAGUCGCUGCUAACAUGCUGCGUCUGUCUGGACCGGUUCAGAAAUCCAAAACUGCUGCCAUGUCAGCACAGUUACUGUAUGGAACCAUGUAUGGACGGUCUUGUUGAUUACGUAAGGCGGCAGGUCAAAUGUCCGGAAUGUCGCGCAGAGCAUCGUAUCCCCUAUCAAGGGGUGCAAGGGUUUCCAACAAACGUUACCCUUCAGAGGUUUUUAGAACUCCAUGCUCAAAUCGCUGGAGAGCUACCAGAUCCUACUGCUGGGCAAGUUAUGGAGAGGUGUAAUGUCUGUUCAGAAAAAGCGUAUUGUGCUUUAUGUGCACAUUGCGACAAGAAAGUUUGCGAUGAUUGUAAGUCGGCGCAUAUGGAAGUACUCCGCAGAGAAAUUGCAAGAAUCAAUAACCAAAUUCGUCGUGGGGUGAAUAGACUUCAAGAUAUAUUAAGUGUAGUUGAACGAAACACCACUAAUCUUCAAACGAAUUGCGCGGCUGUAGCUGGAGAAGUGGAUGAAAUCCAUAAACGUCUAUCUAAGGCCUUGAAGGAUAGAACCGAUUUCCUUAGAAACGAGAUCGAUCGUUAUUUAGCUACGGAACUUAGGAAUUUAACUAAUCUCAAAGAUAACCUUGAACUAGAAUUAAGUAAUAUACAAAGUAACUGUGAUCUUGCUGAUAAAUAUAUGAAUGAUGAUGUGGACUGGGAGGACACAGAACUUGUAGACACUAAGGAAAUAUUCCUAAAAACGGUCGAAUUUUUAAGAAACUUUGACUACGAAGCAGGUGAUUACAAUCGUAGAGUCAGGUUUAUAAUGACUCAUGAUCCAAAUCAACUUGUACUUCAUGUUGCAAGUUACGGUGAAUUAAACAUAACUCAUCCUCAUACUUAUGCUAAUAGUCUUCAACCGUCACAAGGAUUAACAAGAUCUAAAAGUGACCAUCGUCUAGCUACGCAAUUCCGUCAGCAAGAAGAUGCAAAGGGCUAUACUGAAAACGAUGAGCCGAUAUUAGGCGGCCGUAAGUUUGGAGAAAAACGACCGCCUCCUCCAGAGAGACACACUAGAGACUAUGGUGCUACGGAUGAUUACAGUGGUUACGAAUCUGAACAUAGACCAUCACGAAGAUUCCGUUCAAGAUUUGUUAGAAGUCACCAACAAGAUAAUGAUUCUGAUACAGAACAGCCUAGCCGGGUCGUUAAAUCGGAGAAUAAAGAGAAAGAAAAGGAAAAGGUAGCCGAUACAGAAGAUGCAACGCGAGGUCCCCUCAGUGGUAUUUUUAGACUAAGUGACUGUCCUCGAGUAAUGCAACGAAUUCUUGAUGUAGACAGUGGAAAAAAGAAAGAAAAAAAAGAAGUCCCACCACCACCGAAACCUGUACAACCAACACCUCAACCUGCUCGUCGUCCUCCCACCCAGAGACAACAAAGUGAAGAUGAUGAAAUAACUAGGCUUAAAAGGCAAAACAAAGGGGCUGCUUCCUCUCAGGAACCAGACCGAGCCACGCAACGAAAUACCGAAGAAGAACGCAAUGCGAUUACUCGUAAACCACCGACACCAGCUCGGGAGGCGUCCAGCGACGGUGAAUCCGAUGAAUCUGUAGGAACUUUGCAACGUACUCAACGAAAAAAUUCUACAACGAUUCCUAAACCAACCGUGGCAACAAGAAGGCCGUCUGCUUCGGAAACUCCAAGCACACAUCGUCCUGCCCCUCGUGCUCCGAGUACUGAAUCGAGUGCUUCAACAGAAAGUUCUGGCUCGGCGGUAAAACACACAGGUGCGAUUCUUACCAUCGCAGAAUUAAAAGCAAAAUACAGUCCCACAGGAAUUUCACCAAAACCAGCCUCUCGUUUCUUUUCCGCAGGCAACGAGAGAACGACCACAUCGACAACAAAUGGAACAGCGGGAGGUGCACAACGUGUCCAAAGCCGAUUUAUCGGAUCACAGCGGCCGACGCCAGCUCCAGCACCCACCGAACAGGCUCACGAAGAUUCUGACACGAGCUCCGAGGAGGAGACCGAGUCGUCAGAAGAGAGUGAAGAGGAGCCUGCUACGCAAAGGAAGCCCGAGAGUCAGGCGAUGGCUCGCAGUGACAUUGGCCCACUUCUUGCUCGUAGUUCAAAUGCUCGUAAUGAUACGCAAGAGAACAAGUCAAAAGACCCGCCUGCUCAGUCGCGUUAUCGUACACGUCAACCAGCACCACCUGAAGAAGAACCGACUUCUAGAUACGGGGCAAGCGGUUCUUCAUACAGUCGUUACGGCAGCAGACCUAAAGAUGAUGAGAUGACAUCUUCCAUUGACGACGACACUAAAUAUCCUACAGCUCGAUCACGAUACCUCGCUCUGAAGGAGCGUCGUAAUCGAUUAGCGAGAAGUAAAAGUAGCCACACUGGCUUCGGAGCGGGAGACGAUGACGAAGCGGAUGACCCAGUGUCUCCAACAACAGCAUCUCCGUCAGCGUAUUUAGCAGCUCGAUACGGCUCUGGUACUGGAGGAUCAGAAUUAUCUCGUAGCCGCUCCUCUCACGCUCUGAAGUCAAGAGAAAGUUCACCGGAACGACCUGUUACUGGAGAAAAGGAUGGCGCAGCCUUAAGUUCUUGGGCUAGAUACUUGAAAAAUAAAUAUGGAUCGAGGGGUAAAGAUCGCGAUUCGAGUGGAACGUCGUCAAGCACUGCUCGUCGUCUGUCUCUCGGGUUACCAUUACGUUCAGCUAAUGAGCUUGCCAGUUCUGAUGACGAUUCAAAAAACGCGGCAGGCUCCCCCAUCUCCCCUACGGCGGCUACAGCAGCGGUAGCAGGUUUCGCAGCAGCAGGUUCCUCCCCUAGGAGCCAAUAUCUGCAGAAACGCCGUUUACAAUUCAGCGUGGGGAGUCGGGGGAGCGAACCCGGUUAUUUCACAUGGCCUCGUGGUAUCGCUGUAGGUCCCGACAACACUAUGGUCGUGGCUGAUUCAUCUAAUCAUCGAGUUCAGGUGUUCGAUAUGAAUGGUAUAUUCAUAAAGGAGUUUGGUCAGUACGGUAGUGGUGAGGGAGAGUUCGACUGUCUCGCUGGUGUAGCUGUCAAUCGUAUUGGACAGUACAUCAUUGCUGAUAGAUACAACCAUCGUAUACAAGUGUUCGAUCCCGCCGGUCGGUUUCUGCGAUCGUUUGGCAGCCAAGGAACUGGAGACGGCAAGUUUAACUACCCUUGGGGUAUAACAACCGAUGCCCUCGGAUUUAUUUACGUUUGCGACAAGGAGAACCAUAGAGUACAGGUCUUCCAAUCCGAUGGCACGUUCGUUGGUAAAUUCGGUUCGUUCGGCUCUAAGCUUGGUCAGCUUGAACAUCCUCAUUACAUCGCCGUCUCCAGUACCAACCGAGUGCUAGUUUCCGACUCUAACAAUCACAGGAUACAAGUCUUCGAUGUUAACGGAAGAGUGUUAUCCUCAUUCGGCGAAGAGGGCUCCGAAGAUGGACAGUUUAAAUUCCCUAGAGGUGUAGCGGUAGACGAUCAAGGUUACAUCGUGGUCGCAGAUUCAGGCAACAAUCGUAUUCAAAUCUUCCAUCCUGACGGCACGUUCCUACGCGCGUUCGGCUCUUGGGGCUCCAGCGACGGAGAGUUUAAAGGCCUUGAAGGCAUCGCCGUUAUGUCCGGAGGGAAUAUUAUUGUAUGCGACCGAGAGAAUCAUAGAGUACAAGUGUUUUAAGAUAUUCGGAGCUUAUGCCAAAGAAGAUAAAACAACGUUAACAAUAGUAAAUGUAUUUACUUAUUAUUUAUUUAUC